CACGUUAUGACAACUAUGAUAUCGAAUAUGAAGUACUUCCUAUUAUUUCUUCUAACAGCUGUCAUAGUGCAAUUAUCAGUUGCACCGCCUGUUAAUCAAAAAAGCAAAGAUGGAGAGCACAUCAAUGAAAAUAAAGUUGAAGAUGUGGAAGAAAUGGAAGAUGUUAUGGAAUAUCGUAGGUACUUGACAGAAGUAGUUCAAGUAUUGGAAAGUGAUCCUGACUUCCGUACAAAAUUACAGGAAGCAGAUGAAGCAGAUAUACGUACAGGGAAAAUAGCUGAUCAAUUACAAUUUGUAAGUCACAAUAUUAGAACAAGAUUGGACGAGAUAAAAAGAGAAGAAUUAGAAAGAUUAAGACACCUUGCAACAAAACAGAAUGAACUGAAGAAUGGUAUAGAUACUGAACAUUUAGACCUUAAAAAUACUCAUACAUUUGAAAUACAAGAUCUUAAGAAAUUAAUUGCUAAGACUACAGAGGAUUUAGCAAAAGCAGAUAGAAAAAGACGUGAAGAGUUCAAACAGCAUGAAAUGGAAAGAAAAUAUGAAGAAGAGGAAAAAUUGAAACAUAUGACUGAAGUAGAAAGAAAAAAAUAUGAACAAGAAUUACAAGCCAUGAAAGAGAAACAAAAACACCACGAAAGUGUGAAUCAUCCAGGUAGCAAACAUCAAUUAGAAGAAGUAUGGGAGAAACAAGAUCAGAUGGCCACAGAGGAGUUUAAUCCUAAAACAUUCUUUUUCUAUCACGACGUUGAUGGUAAUGGAGUGUGGGAUCAGGAUGAAGUUAAAGCUUUAUUUUUGCAAGAAUUGGAUAAACUUUAUGAUAAAGGAACACCCCAAGCCGAUUUAUUAAAGCGCGCCGAAGAAAUGGAAAGAAUGAGGGAACAUGUAUUUAACGAAGCUGAUCUGAAUAAAGAUGGGCUCAUUAGUUACGAGGAGUUUCUGGAACAAACAAAGAAACCAGAUUUUCAACAAGACGAAGGUUGGGUAGGAUUAGAUGAACAACAGGUUUAUAACGAAGAAGAAUUUGAAGCUUUUCGAAGGCAUAAGCAAGAGGAAAUGAUUCGUCAAGGGAUGCUACCAGAGCACCCAGGUAAUAUACCUGUGCAGCAAGAGCCGUUUCCUCCACAAUAUGGACACGUACCAGCUCAUGGGGUAGUUCCCCCCCAAGUAGAUGUAAGAGGUCCGAGUCAGCAAAAUCUUCCGCAACAACAGUUUCAAAACCAUCCACCACAGUAUUAUCAACAACAAGGAAACAUAGUAACUCAGCAUCAUUACCCUAACCAUGCACCGGUACAACCAAUUCAUGAUCAAAUUCCUCAGCAACAGCAGCAACAACAACAACAGCAACAACAACAUCAGCAACAACAGCAACAAUUUCAUGGGCAAAUACCAGUGAACCAACAAUAUCAGCAGAUGGAAGGACAGGUUCCUGUUCAACAAAAUCAAGCUUCGGUUCAACAACAGCAAAUUCCCGUUCAACCGCAUCAACCUCAAGCGUCAAAUUUCCAACAACAGCAUAAUACAGUGAAUCAAGUACCGCAAAACGUUCAAAAUAAUGUAGUACCGCCACUCAACGAUCCAAAUCAAUUAAACUUGCAGCCUGUGCAACCUGCGGUACAACAAGACGUUAAUAGGAAUAUAAUACCGUCUGUCGAGAAGGUAUAAUUUCAUUUGUAAAAGUUGUCAACAAAAUAUUUGACGAAUUUUACAGGGAAAGUAUAAAAGGAAACCAACAAGAAUACGUCUUCAAUUUAUAAGGAGAUUCUUGAACUUUACCGCUUGUGACUAUUUUUCCAUGUCCUUCUCCAUUUUUGUUAUUACCUUGAUUACAGGAUCUUUACUAAUCAUAUACAGAUUUUUAAUGUUACGUUUACCAUGCGAAAUUGGUCAGCUUAUUUAUCGUGAGUGUAAAUAAAAACUAUUUCCAAGAAAAA